AUGCUGGCACGUACUGUUUUGCGCAGCGUGCCCUCCCGGGGUAUCGCCCGCCAGUCGUUGAGCAAGACCACCACGCGUGCGUCUUCCUCGACAGCCGGUGCCGAAGCCGCCAGUUCCCCCUUCCACCUCACACUCACUGCGUCCGUCGCAACCGCUGCCGCCAUCGGAUCCGCCGCGUGGUACUACAGCCUCUAUGGAAAGGAAGCUUUUGCUAUGACACCCGCUGAGGAGGGAUUGCAUCCUACCCAGUACCCUUGGGAGCACGCAAAGUGGAACAAGACCUUCGAUCACGCCGCUCUUCGCCGUGGUUUCCAGGUCUACCGCGAGGUCUGCGCCGCCUGCCACUCUCUUACCCGUGUGCCAUGGCGUUCUUUCGUUGGUGUCAUGCACACUGUCGACGAGAUGAAGGCCUUCGCCGAAGAGAACGAAUACGACACCGAGCCCAACGACCAAGGCGAGAUCGAGAAGCGCCCCGGAAAGCUCUCUGACUACAUUCCCGCUCCCUACAAGAACGAGGAGGCCGCUCGUGCCGCCAACGGUGGUGCUCUGCCCCCUGAUCUCAGCUUGAUCGUCAAGGGUCGUCACGGUGGCUGCAACUACAUUUUCAGCCUUCUGACCGGUUACCCUGAUGAGCCCCCAGCUGGUGCUCAAGUCGCCGAGGGCAUGAACUUCAACCCUUACUUCCCCGGCACCGGCAUUGCCAUGGCCCGUGUCCUGUUCGAUGGUGUGGUGGAGUACGAGGAUGGCACCCCUGCCACCACCUCCCAGAUGGCCAAGGAUGUCACUGAGUUCCUCAACUGGGCUGCGGAGCCUGAGAUGGAUGACCGCAAGAAGAUGGGUGCCAAGGCCCUCGUCAUCCUGACCGGUCUGUUUGCCCUGAGCGUCUGGGUCAAGCGCUACAAGUGGGCCCCCAUCAAGACGAGAAAGAUCGUGUACAGCCCUCCCGUUCCCCGGCGCUAG